AUGCAUAUAGCCUUGGAAGAUGGUGUUUUAAUAGCAACUUCCAAGUUUGGAGCUAGUGAAAAGCGCAUAAUAAGAAUUUUCAACGAAUAUCCAUCCGGGCGAUAUGACGAUGAUCGAUGGCAUUCUGUUGUAGUUAUUCGAACUCUCACUUUGGUUGGCUAUCUUUUUUCAUUACAUUCACCAAUCAUCAAUACACUUCGAUAUUCUAAUCGUAAUGAAAUUUAUGAUAAACCAACGAAUUCUAUCGCAUCUGUUCAUAUGGCACUGGCUGUCGAUGAUAUAAAAGAUGAAAUUGGACAAUAUGCACCAGAUAUUGAUUGGCUUACCAACUCGUACGCCUAUGUAGGCGGUAUGCCUCGAAGCAAAAAUGUACCAAUAACGCUAGAAAACUUUCGAGGCUGCGUGAAGAAGGUGAAAUAUGAAGCUGAUGCUCAUCUCAUCAAUUUCAUCAAAUUAGCCGACCAAGGUUAUGGGCAAUCAGUAAUACGAUCAGGUGGCGAUCUUGCAUUUUCUUGUCGCGAACCUGUUCUACCAGCUGAUGUAUUGUCUUUUAAAACCGGUCAACAUUAUAUUACAUUACCGAGUUGGAAUUCUCUAUCCAGUGGAAGCAUUGGCUUUCAAAUUCGUACAAAUGAACAAGACGGACUAAUCCUCUACCAUGGCAACAAAUUAGUUGGUAAUAGCUCAUCAUCAGAUUAUAUUGCAUUUGAACUCAUUGAUGGCCACUUAUAUUUUGUUAUCAACCUUGGAUCAGGUCAUGUGCGGUUACAAGUUACUGCAUCAAAGAUAACUGAAGGCAAUGUAUGGCAUAGCGUAAGUCUUGAGAGAAUGGGUAGGACUGGUUCUAUUAUUGUUGAUAAUCUACGCACUGAUUUUUCGACUCCUGGCGUAUCAUCAAAUCUCAUAAUUGAUGAACCAAUAUAUAUUGGGGCUGCACCGUGGAGUACUGAUAUACUGUCCUCGGAAGGUUUGCAAAUGCCAACACCAGUAUGGACAAGCUCUUUUCGACGUGGCUUUAUCGGUUGCUUGAAAAAUUUUAGAGUAAAUGGAAUCAGCGCAAAUAUAGCAUUGGCUUAUGAAGAACAAAAAGACAACGUGUCACUUGGCAUAACUUAUGGAUGUCUCAAUGUUCUUGAUAACGAUUAUUGUGGACUAUCUCCUUGCAAGAAUUUCGCGAUGUGUGAGAACGGUUACGCUGGAUACCGAUGCGACUGUGCAAAUUCAAUUAUGGAUGGUCCCACAUGUGACAUAGAGCUUCAUGCUCUUGAUAUGGAUGAAUCAGUUGUUUUGCUAAAUCUACCAAUUGCGAUACAAAGCGAAGCCGAAAUCAUUGAAUGUAAAUUCCGCACUUCCGACGAUCGAGGCGUUAUUUUUGAUACAUCAUCAUUUAACUUAACGCAUCGAAUAAUGAUUAUUCUUAUCAAAGGAGAGCUCGAGUUACUCCUCGAUUUCGGAAAUGCUCGACAUACAUUUAAAUGGGGAAUCGAUUUAAACAACAAUCGUUUUCAUGUUUUUCGUGUUAAGCGACGUGGUGAAAAGCUUUUGCUAUUCAUAGAUGGAAAAUGGGAACAUAGUUAUUUUUUGCCGUCAUCAAGCGCUGUUUUAAGUAUAGAUCGCAUAUCAGUUGGCCGCUCAUUACAUAAUGAAUUUUGGACAAACGACGCUUCAUCAUUAGACGAAAACUCAGAUGACGUUUUUAGUGGACAAAUAUUUAAAUUGACUUUUAAUGGAUACGAUAUUCUACAGAACGCUAUAACAAAAAGUAUUACCUAUCCUGUUCCAUCUCAAUCGCCAUAUGAAAAGAUUAAAAUGAAGCACAAAAAUCGCAAAUCGAAAUCAUCGUCCAUUACUUUUCAAACAACUACUGGACGAGUUGUUUUUGCGAGUGAAAGGAUUGAAAUGAUUGGAGGACCAUUUAGGAUAUCGUUCAAAUUUCGAACGAUAGCUCGUUCAGCUAUUCUUUUAGCAUUAAUUUCUAAUAGCAUAUACCAUUCCAACUACAAAUCAAUUGAACUUAUUAACGGAAGAAUUAAAUACACUUUAUCGCAACACUCGAAAACGGAGAGUGUGCUGGGAACACAACCAGAAAAAGGGAAUUUGAGCGAUAUGCGUUGGCAUACCAUUGUUGUGUAUCAGAUUGGUGCUGAACAUUAUCUGUUAAUUGACAAUACGAGCACAGUUAUCAAAGUCGGAAACCAUAUCGCCAAAUUUCAAGGAAAACUAUAUCUUGGUGGCCUGGUAGAUACGAUUACUAUUCCACGGCUUAAAGAUGUUGUUGGUUUCCGUGGCUGCAUAUCAUCGCUGCAGUUAGGCUCUGAGUAUAUUGAUAUACUUACUGAAGCAGAAGAAAUAAUCGAUGCUGCUAAGGGAUGUAUAGUGCCAUCAACAAAAUGUACACCAACUUCAUGUCUAAAUAAAGGAAAAUGCAUUCAAGAAUGGGACUCUACUCGCUGUGACUGCUCAUUAACCACAUUUAGCGGUGAACGUUCUGGAAUAACGUUUAUAUUUGAUUCUGUUGCUUCGAUGAUUUAUUACGAAUAUCCACCUACCGCUAGGCCGUCAACUAAUCGAGACGUCAUUGCUCUAGGCUUUCAAACUCGUCAAGCAUUUGCGGUGCUAAUAAGCGUUCAGUGUACAGUUGAUAGCGACUUUUUCACUAUUUUCUUGAAUGAAGGCAAUAUUCAUGCUCGCUUCAAUUUGGGAACUCGUGAUCACAUGGUCGCAAUCAUGGACACGAUUGUCAACGACAAUAUUUACCAUACGAUUGUUGCUAUUCGAGAAAAAACUAAUUUAACGCUUCAUCUCGACAGUCAUCAUCCUGUUUCUUAUGUUCCAAAAGGCGAUUCAGAACUAUUCGCCCUAAAUAUGCAAUGGCGAAUCUCUAUAGGAGCUUCAUUCACUACUUACCAUAAAUCUUAUCGAUACCGUUGGAAACGAAAUAAAAUUUUCGAUGCUUUUCACGGUCGAAUCACUGGUGUAAACUUUAAUAAUCUAAUGAUUUUCGAUUUAUUCAUUCGUGGUUUGUUUUUAUUAUUUAUUCUAUAA